AUGAGCUCUGAAAAGCUCCCAGUUUACCCAGUGUCAUCGCCUCCAUCAGAUCCCGGGAGCCCUGAGGAUCAUCCUGUCCACACAUGUCCCAUCCAGGAUCCGGCUGAGCAGAGACACUCACCUGCCGUCACAGGGACCGACCACACUGAUGACAGACCUGCUGUGAGGGACGAAGAGUUUGAAGAGGAGCAGCUGAAGAUGCAUGAAAUCUCUGAACUGAAACAGCUGCAGAACCACAGGGGGAUGAUGACAGACGGCCGUUUCUUCUUGUGGGAGGGUGAGGACGUUUCUAGGAUGGACAGAAAUAAUUUGAAGGUCUGUGACCAGCAGGAGGUCCAGAGGAGGGCUUCCCUCAGCCAACAACAGCCCAGCAGGAAGUCAACCUCCGGCAUCAAGGGGCGCUCCUCUGCCCCAUUUAUGGUGUUUAACGAUGAAGGAGCGCAGCCGGAAACCUUCCGGUCUCUGACCUCUCAGCCUGAGCGAAGCCCAGAGGUUGGGACUCCACAGGACUUUUGUUCUGGUUCGUAUAAUCCUCAGACACCCCAGCACAGCCAGAAAAACACCCAGACAGAGAUCCAGGCUCAGGCUGAGGUCACGUCCCUGAUCCGCAGCCAAGACCAAACUUACUUCAACACUCCUCUCCUGACCCAAGCCGAAGCUCCAGCCAAUUCCAGCCAAUCGCAAGAAGGAAGAGAGAAAACCUGUUUGGAAGAAAAAGAGGACAGUGAUAAGCCUCAUUCACGAGAGACGGAGCCCAGAAUUCAUCAAUCACUCUCUAAGCCAACAGCCUCUGUUGACACGUCUUUCAGAGAGAAGAGGGUGAGGCUCCAAGAAGAGGAAAACAAGCCCGAAGCUGCUGGAAACGUUCACAAAGACGAGGUGAAAGGUCGUUCUGAAUUCACAGCACCUCACGGAAAAAUGGCUGCCACCUCCGAGGGUCGAUGGGAACGGUCCCUGCAGCACAACAACACACAUGUCACACAUGCCAACGCUGUGCAUGAAUCCAGCUCAGUGCAGCACGUCAGCGUUACCCCCCCUUUGAGGGACAACAGAGUUUCCCCUCGGGCCUGGCGAAAUCAGGAAGUUAUUGUUAGUUUUAAGACCGUCAACGACCACAUGGAGAGAGUCUCAAGCUUCGACAUGGAAACUCAAUCCACAGGCUGUGAUGAAACAAAAACACAUUUUCAUCUCUGCCAGUGCGGCAAGCCCAGACCAGGAAGCAGCACGGGCUCACAUCGGGUCGAAGGUCAAAAACAAGCUACAACAACUGCAGCGUUUUGUCUUUGUGUGUCGAACCGCACAAGUCAAGCCUCAACACCUCUGAAACGCAGUGCAGUUCCCAUGCAUUCCACCACUGUGAGCGCUGGUGCUAAUGGUGCUAGCAGUGAGGAUGAAGAUAACCCAUCCUCCCAGUGUCAUCACUUUCCCAAGCUCCCAUCCCCUCCUCCCCACCUCCACCGCCAGCGCUCCCAUUUAAACCUAUCGGGGGAGGAUUCUGCCAGACAGGCUGGGGAGGGAUGGAUGUUCCCGGGGAUCCAGAAAUUGAAACAAGACCACAGUCUUGGAUCUGGACUCGGACCUCUGCAGCAGUCCUUUUCCUCCAAGCCACGGCAUGAAACCGGGUCCAAAAUCCAGUCCAGCACACAACAGCCAUCUGUCGAGACCAAACGUCUGAGGAACCACAGCAGAGGAACAACGAGGAACAAAGAACACGUGACCUCCUCCGAGCACAGGCAGACGUCCGACGGAGGUCUGAAAAUGUUGAAGAUGCACUCAGUGAAACCAAAAACGAGGCCCGAUGGUUCAGAUUGCACGAAACAGGCACAAACAUCGAGGCGAUUUGGCAGCGAUGCGGCAGAUCAGGGAAAUGAGCUCAAGAGGGGCUGCGAUGGAGACGACGUCCUCCGUGACAGAGAACAGGGUCAGCCUGUGACAGAUCAACAGAGUCUGCACAAACCUGGAUCCAGUGAAGUCCAGGCCCUCAGGCAGCAGAUGGAGGCCCUUCAGCACCAGUUAAAGCAGAGAGAGACGGACUGGUCUGGAGUUCGAUGCCAGCUGGACGAGCUGAUCAGAGAGAUCACUGAGCUGAGGAGGAAGCUCACAGUUGUGCCACAGUGCCGUCUAGUGGCCGGCAGACGUACUGCACAAACACACACUGAACACCAGGAGGGGGGACGUCUCUCUAACGGGUGCAGCCCGGUGGCUUUCACUAACGACACGAGGACAGUUUCUGACCGGAGGACAGAAGCGGUCCCGUUCUUCAUUGGAGACGUCAGACACGUUUUGGCGGACGGAAAAGUGGUGUAUUACUAUGCUGCUUCACAGAUAACGUGCACCACCUACCCGACUGGUCUGGAGGUCCUUCACUUCCCCAACAACCAGAUUGAGAGGCGACACCCUGGGGGGAGGAGGGAGAUCUUAUUUCCAGACCAGACCAUCAAGUUUUUGGAGCCCGACGGCAGCGAGAGGACGAUCUUCCCCGACGGCACCGUGGUUCAGCUCUCACCGUCAGGUGACAAGACGGUCGAGUUCCCCGGCGGCCAGAGAGAGAUCCACACGCCUCAGUAUAAGAGGAGGGAGGACCCCGAUGGGACAGUGAAGACCGUCUACCCCAACGGACGCCAGGAAACCAAGUACGCGUCAGGCAGAGUACGCAUCAAGCAAAAGAUCGAGCUCAUGUGACGCCUGAAAUGAAUGGAAAUAACUUUUCAUUAAAAUCCAAAUAGGGAUCAGUUGAUUAGAGAUGUUCUCACAUUUUACAUCUAACUUUGUGUUUUACUCUCAUGAAGGAAUUUAUUAUUAGUAUUCAUGCUAAAGGUAGAGCGUCCAGCUGAUCUUUAAAGAGUGAGUACACCUUUUCGUUCCUGAUUACAUGUCUUAAAGUACAGGAAUCGAAAUGGUUCAUUACAUACUACACAAUAAUUCAAUAUAAUUAUGACCACUGUUCUGUAUUGAGUUUUAAACACUGCGUCUGCAGCAUCUUUCCAGGGAAAAUCCAUCAGUGUACAGACGUGAUUUUUCUUAGAUGUGACAGAAACUGAAAAUAGAAAGAAAAAAUAGAACGCCACUCUAGGGAGGUCUGACGUGUUGACUGAGUAAUGGAGGAUCCUCCGGCCCCCACAACAGUGAAUCGAAGUCUUCCUCGCCAUUUGUGUCCUCCUUCACCGCCUCCUCUGAGGCGGCCAACUGAGCAGUCAGCUUGUGGAGCUCCUGUGCGACGGUCCGGACGUCCAGCUCGUGCAGCGAGGCCUUCAGGGUGGCUGCGUUAAAGGGAAAGGUCCGUACGAAGCCCCCGACUCUGAGCGGAGGAACGUGUUGUCUGUUCAUCGCCACGGUUCGGUCCAGAGGAAGCUUCGCCGGCCUGUGAUUCCCACUGUGAAACAACCACAACACUGUUUGUCAUGUGAUACGAAUGGAUGUUUAAAUCCUGGUGUCCUGAUGCUGCUUACAUCAUCGAAACAUUCAUCUGUAUCCAUAAAACUCUUUUCUAAAGUCCUUUUUUCACUUUCUGUUUGUAAUCUCUG